AUGGAAGAAAGCUCGGAAGGGUUAGAAGAUCGAAACGUCGUGUGUUCCCUUUAUAUAAGCCAAAUUAAAAAUCCGGAACUCAAUAUAAAAACCCCUGAACACGAAUUUAUGGCAGAAGAACAAAAUCUAACGACAAAACAUCUUCAAUCAUUAUUAAAUUCCUUCGAUCUCUCCGGUAAAUGGAACAUAUUGAAAACUUCUUGCGGUUUUUUAAUAUCAUUUGCAAAUGAAGUUGAUUCCGAUAAAGUUGUUAGAAAUAAUCUUUCUGCGGUUUUUGGACCCAUGCAAAUUGUUAGACUUCGAAGGAGGCGACCUUUUUUAAGGCAGGCAGUUUUUUUAAGAGAAGUACCUUGGGCUAUACAAUUAAACGAUUUAAGGGAUGCCCUAAUAAAACAAGGUAUAACUCCGGCAAGGGUAGAAAGAAAAAGGCACCACGUUAGAAUCGAGGUGUGCCAACCGGAGCAUUAUGAAAUUCUUCUUCGUCGAGGUCUUAAUUUUUUCGGUGUGAUUCGAUUUCAAGCCAUACCCGACAGAGGAAUUCGAAGUUAUCGGAGCUGGCAUAAUCCAAGUUCUACAUUAUUGUCAGAUCCAAAUUUUGUUUUACAAUGUUACAAAUGUCAGGGAUUUUGGCAUAUUGCUGCCAACUGUCGUCAUGACGUACGUUGCGUUCGUUGUGGAGAUCGACAUUCCAUACAGUUUUGUCCAAGACCUCGUUCAGAUCCAGUUUGCUGUCAUUGUUGUGGUCCCCAUCAUGCUGCUUAUAGAUUUUGUCCGGUACGUUUGGAUUUGGCAAAUGCUAUUCCCGUAACCUUAAUGUUAACAACCAGAAGGGUUCCAAAUCGAUAUCUUCCGUAUCCUAGAAAUUGA